AUGGCUGAACCGCCAGCGAAGCGGGCUCGUCGAACUGAUAGCUCAGCCAUGUGGGAUGCAAAUGACCAGAGACAGCGAAUUUCUCCCCCACCCGAGAAGAGGCCAGACCGAAGCUCCAGACCAGAAGAUUCUCGGAAGACAGGCAAAGACGACCGCCGGUAUCGCUCGCGCUCGCGUGACAGGCCCGUUCGACGAAGAGAAAGCAGCAGAUCGCGCGACAGAUAUGACCGGACUCGCGACCGCGAUGACGGCAGGCGAGAAUUGAAGAAAGACUCGAGAGGCCAGAGAGAGCGCGACCGAAGUCUCAGCGCAGACCGGUACCAAAGCAGACGCGGUUACGGCUCGAGAUCAGAGAGGCCUGAUAGGUCGCGGUCACCGCGUAACGGUACUUUUGCGCGAUCCCGAAGCCCUCCCCCUCGUGCCCCUAGAGGAGGCCGAAGAGACGAUAGACGAGAUCCCAGAGCCCCUCCUGAUGAUCGCCGCGCAAACGGGGUCUCGAGCAAACAGGCCCGGGUUCGAGAUGAAGACGACAAUGUCGACGCGAUGGACGAAAGCGAAGACCCCGACGACAUUGAUGCUAUUAUGCGGAGAGCCGUUGGUUUCACGAGGUUCAAAAGCACCAAAAACACAAAGGUCCCCGGGAACGAUAUCUACGGCGUGCGCAAGGAAACGACAACCCAGUACAGACAGUAUAUGAAUCGUACCGGUGGAUUCAACAGGCCUCUCAGUCCCGGCAAAUAG